GUCCCACCCCCCCCCCCCCCAGCCGCAAGAGUCGGAUAUAACGUGUUUCCUUCUCGCGAGGCAGGUGCCGGUAGGAACCGGGCCCCGCCCCCUUCCCGGCCUAGACUUUCUCUCCUUUCUCGACCCCUUUUCCCGUGGGGACCCCCUCGGUUCCUCUCGUUCUGGCAGUGAGCCCCCAGCCAGGGUCAUGAAGCUCGUGAGGAAGGACAUUGAGAAAGACAAUGCGGGCCAGGUGACCCUGGUUCCCGAGGAGCCCGAGGACAUGUGGCACACCUACAAUCUAGUGCAGGUGGGCGACAGCCUGCGCGCUUCCACCAUCCGCAAGGUGCAGACCGAGUCCUCCACCGGCAGCGUGGGGAGCAACCGGGUCCGCACGACCCUCACUGUCUGUGUGGAGGCCAUCGACUUCGACUCCCAAGCCUGCCAGCUGCGGGUCAAGGGGACCAACAUCCAGGAGAAUGAGUAUGUCAAGAUGGGGGCUUACCACACCAUCGAGCUGGAGCCCAACCGCCAGUUCACCCUGGCCAAAAAGCAGUGGGACAGUGUGGUCCUGGAGCGCAUCGAGCAAGCCUGUGACCCAGCCUGGAGCGCCGAUGUGGCGGCUGUGGUCAUGCAGGAGGGCCUCGCCCAUAUCUGCUUAGUCACUCCCAGCAUGACCCUCACUCGGGCCAAGGUGGAAGUGAACAUCCCUCGGAAACGAAAAGGCAACUGCUCGCAGCACGACCGGGCCUUGGAGCGGUUCUAUGAACAGGUGGUCCAGGCCAUCCAGCGCCACAUACACUUCGAUGUUGUAAAGUGCGUCCUCGUGGCCAGCCCAGGAUUUGUGAGGGAGCAGUUCUGCGACUACAUGUUUCAACAGGCAGUGAAGACCGACAACAAAUUAAUCCUGGAAAACCGGUCCAAAUUCCUUCAGGUACAUGCCUCCUCUGGACACAAGUACUCCCUGAAGGAGGCUCUUUGUGACCCUACAGUAGCUAGCCGCCUUUCAGACACGAAAGCCGCUGGGGAAGUAAAGGCCUUGGAUGACUUCUACAAAAUGUUGCAACACGAGCCCGACCGAGCGUUUUAUGGACUCAAGCAGGUGGAAAAGGCCAAUGAGGCCAUGGCAAUUGACACACUGCUCAUCAGCGAUGAGCUCUUCAGGCACCAGGAUGUAGCCACACGCAGCCGGUAUGUGCGGCUGGUGGACAGCGUGAAAGAGAACGCAGGCACCGUUAGGAUAUUCUCUAGUCUUCACGUGUCUGGGGAACAGCUCAGCCAGUUGACCGGAAUAGCUGCCAUCCUCCGCUUCCCUGUCCCUGAACUCUCUGACCAAGAGAAUGAUUCCAGUUCUGAAGAAGAUGAAUGAUUGCAAUUAAUAAUUGAGACAACCUGUGUCUCACUCCUUCACUGUUACAUUUUCUCAGCAUCCUGUGAAGAAAGCUGCAAAAAUGGCACUUUGUGGUUCUUACAGGGAUUUUUCAUGUAUUUGGUCACUAGGUGAUUUGUGGUUGGCAGGACAGGUUUUCAAACUGAACAAUAAAAGGAAAUAAUCUCCAUAUAUUA